UCCGAGCAGUCCUGCUGUCUCCGCUGCAAGCGCGCUGCCUUCUAUUUCCCCAGUCUCUCUUUCUACUUUAUUGUGCAUAAUAGCACAUUUCCUCUGCAGCAGACUACCGUGCAAGGCUCGGCGCAACAAGUUUGCAAGACCCCCCCCCCAACACGCCGUCAGACAGGUUGACUCGCUUUGGCUGGAGCGGAGUGGAGCUCCACUCAUCCGUCUGUCGCUGUCACCACAAAGUCACUGUACGUGAACGCGGCGUCGCAGAAUAUCUCUCUCACACUCACACUCACACUCUCCCAGAACAGUGUGCCAUAAAUUCGUGACUCCGCGCCAGAUGCAGUUUGCUCCCAACAGGCGCGUGUAGUUGUAGUUAAAUGGAGAUCUCGGAGGCAAGAGGAGCAUCUAAGUGCGUGGAAAAAAUGGAGAAAGAAGUGGCGCCUCAGAAGCGACAAUGUCACCGCGCAACAGUGCUGAACAUAAUCUCGUCUUUAUGUUCGGUGGCGUCCAUCGCCUUUUGCAUUCUUCUGAGCAUUAACGCAGCUGAUAUCAAGAACCGGGUUGUGGAUUUGGAGAGUGGGAAUGGCGAGCACACCUAUAUCCGUGCCCCUGGCUACUCCAUGGAUGAUUUUAAUUCAUUCAUUGAACAAAGAGUGGACGAGGUGCUCUCUCAGCGCUCUUAUGAGAAUUUCGUCAAGAUUCGGACUGCCAGACAGACAUCACCUGAAUGCAACUGCCCUCCAGGACCUCCAGGAAAGCGAGGAAGAAGAGGCCGCGAUGGAGAACCUGGACCUCCUGGUACUCCAGGUUCAAAAGGUGAAAAGGGGGAUCAAGGCGACCAGGGACCACGGAUGGUCUUCCCUAAGAUCAAUCAUGGCUUUCUUUCCGCUGACCAGCAGCUCAUUAAGCGGCGUCUCAUUAAGGGAGAUCAAGGGCAGGCAGGACCACCUGGGCCUCCAGGGCCACCAGGACCUCCUGGGCCAAGGGGGCCUCCAGGGGACACAGGGAAAGAUGGACCCAGGGGUGUGCCCGGUCUACCAGGUGAUCCAGGGGAGACUGGGGAUAUAGGACCCAUGGGGCCUCAGGGACCAGACGGGCCGAAGGGUUCAUUUGGCCCUCCUGGAAUCCCAGGUGUUGAUGGACUAAAGGGCGAAAUGGGUGACCGAGGUGAAAAGGGCGAUAUGGGUGAAGAUGGGGGGAAAGGUGAUAUUGGAGAGAAGGGAGAUGCUGGCUCCUCUGCUGCAGGCAUCAAGGGUGAACCAGGCGAACCUGGACGAAGUGGAUAUAAGGGAGAGCCAGGACUUCCAGGGCUGCCUGGACUCCCAGGGAUAAAGGGUGAGCCUGGAUUCCUUGGCCCCCAGGGUGAACCAGGCCUUCCAGGACUCCCAGGAACUAAGGGUGAGAGAGGUGACCAUGGGCCACCAGGAAAGGGUGAAAGAGGAGACCUCGGACCUGUUGGACCAAAGGGUUCACAAGGGGAGUCUGGCACACCUGGACCUAAAGGGUCAAAGGGAGAAUUUGGAGAUAGAGGAGAUUUGGGAUCUGUUGGCCCACGGGGCCCGCCUGGACAGAAAGGAGACCAAGGAACCACAGAAAUCAUCGACUACAAUGGAAACAUUCAGGAGGCUUUACAGAAGAUUACCACUAUUACAGUGACGGGUCCUCCUGGACCUGCUGGUCCGAUUGGACCGCAGGGUUUUAAGGGAGAUCGUGGGAUGCCUGGUCUUCCUGGAUUGGAUGGUGAAAGAGGCUACAAAGGCUCAAAAGGAGACAUGGGAAUGCCUGGAUCUUCAGGGGAUAAAGGAGGAACUGGUUUACCUGGCCUUCCUGGUAUCAAUGGGAUGAAAGGCGACAAGGGGGAUUCCGGUCUAGCUGGUCCUCAAGGUCCUUCAAUCAGUGGUCCUCCAGGGCCACCCGGGCCCCAUGGACCUCCAGGACCAAUGGGCCCACACGGUUUCCCUGGACCAAAGGGAGAACCUGGUUUACAUGGUAUGAAGGGUAUUCGAGGAGAAUCUGGUCACAAAGGCGACCGCGGACCACUGGGUCUCCCUGGAGCCUCCGGCUUGGACGGCAAGCCUGGAAUUAGGGGCAUGGAUGGGCCUUCGGGUCCGGCUGGUCCAGCUGGGCCGAAGGGUGACAUCGGCGAGAGAGGCGCACAAGGGGAGCCAGGGCCAAGGGGACCUUACGGACUUCCUGGGGCAGCUGGAACACCAGGCUUGGAUGGGUUGCCAGGCUUAAGGGGAGAGAAAGGCGACGAUGGGGAAAGAGGAGAAAAGGGGGAGAAGGGAAAGAAGGGCAAAAAAGGGCCUAAGGGCGAGAAAGGCGAACAGGGUGCCCCUGGAUUAGAUGCACCUUGCCCAUUGGGCCCAGAUGGAUUACCGAUGCCUGGGUGCUGGCAGAAGUGAUCACUCUAACCUGAAACGCAUGGAGUUUGUAAAUAAUGCUUCUUUUUUUGGUAUUUAUAGUUUUUUUUAAUGGAACAAAAAAAAAGUUUAAAAGAAGAGAAGUCUAUGUGUACAAAAAGAGAUAACCGUCCCUAAGCUGCUUCUACUUACAUCACCGUGUGGAGAAAAAAAAAACGUGUGUGUGUCCGCUCUCUCACAUCCACAUUGUGGUGGAGUUCGAUCCCUGGCUGGCGGCAGAACUUGUCUCUGUAGUCUUUGCAUGGCUCAGACCGGACCGUCGCAGCCCGGCCAGAUUCACAAAGGAGUGAGGAGAUGAAGAAGGCUGAGGAGGAGGAGGAGGAGGAGGAGGAGGAGGAGGAGAAUCUGGACUGGCUCUCUAACACCAAACGCUGGGUGUUUUGUGUUGUUUUGUCUCAACAAGCUCACCGCCCAUUCACGCAGCACCAUUUUCUAAAAAAGAGACUGCAAACAGAAACAUUGCACCCCUGACCCUGCAAAAGCAUGAGUAGUAUACUGAAAUGAUAUAUUUAUGUAUUGUACAUAUGUGUCACUGUUUUGUGGUUGCGUCAUGGCUUCUGCGGAAAAGAAAACAACACUAACAUUAAGAAAAACAUCCCGUAUUUUUAAAUUAGUAAUUUCUUUUGCUUUAUCUUCUCAAGGGAGUCACGCCAUGGCUGGUAGCCUGAAAGCCCCAGAAAAGUAAAGUUAUUGUUGCUUUAUUGUGGUGAUGCCUGCAGAGGGUGUGGUAUCAGCAGGUUGUCACUGUGGCACUCAUGUGUCACUGCACCAUCACCUAUGUGGUGCGUUCACUCACCGCCGGACAAGAGGGGGAGAACUUAGCGGGGCUCACUGCACUGAUAGGAAAGUAAAUCAGGCUCGCGACCCCCUCUGAGGACAGACUGAAAUGGAUCCGCAGGAGAUUCGCUGAGAGUCUGUCUCCAUGGAGAUAAGCUGGAACACCUGUCUUUCCUUACAGGCGACGCUUCGAUGUCUAUUGAGAGCGAUUACAGAAUGCAAUCAUGUCUUUUUUUCUUUAUUUUUCUUUCUGUUUUUGCUCUCAUUCUUUACCAUUGUUUGUAUUUUAUGUAUAAUAGCCUUUGGUGCCUCAAGCUUUUAUUCAUUCCUUUAUCAGAAACUUUAUAUCAUUUUUCAAUUGCCAGAACGGUGUUUAUUUCAGGAGGGUAAGCCUUGUAUAGUCGUGAGUGUUGAUAAAUCAAACAUUGCGCACUGUUUUUCAUAUGAAUUGUUUUUAAAGGACUUUUUGAUUAGCAUGUAGGCCGUACCUUACCUGUCCAUGGUUUUAAAGGAGCUCUUUGUUGUUGCGAGGACACAUCCAGCAGUGUAACAAAUAUGCUACUUGUUCGUUCUGGACUUGUUGUAUGGGAUGUUCUCUGUACAGUGUUGUCAGUUCACUGCAUGUACACAGUUUAUUACUUAUGGGUUUCUUAAUUAUUGAAUAUAAGCAUUAAUUUGAGGAAAUGUAUGAGAAACAAAAGGCAUUGUUUCAAAGUGGAAGCAGAUUUAGCUGAACCUACAGUAGCUGGUAUUUCAGAUGUGUCAGAUUAAGACAAGUAUUGUUGAAUAGCAGUAACAUAACACUGCUUUUUUACACCUUAUAUGCUGUCUUAAGCAUAUGGGAAACAUGUAAUUCAUUGCAAGAAAAGUUAGAUUUGAUUGACACAGUUAAUUGGUAACCUUCCAUUAUUACACCACAGUUUAACUGGUGGCCAGUUUUGUCACAUUCCAUAUCAGAUGGAGCAAAAAGUGGAGUAAUAGGUCAGAACUAGGUCUAUUUUUCACCAUAUUUUACUCAUGUUUCUUAUAUUCUCAUCACCUUCUGACAUAGUGGGUGCUAUGCAAAGUAAUCCUCACAGUCCCUCUUUUCUUCAGCAUAAGAAGUAUGCAUGAAUGAUUUACUGUGAGGGCAGAUUUUGAUGUGAUGUAGCAGCAACCACAGGUGGAUUCAAAAGCAUUUAUUUCCAUGCCGUUUCUGUUUGAUUGUACAGUUUGUCAUUGUUUUAAGGAAUGGAUACACUUCUGUAUAGAUUAUACUGGUGCUAUCUAGUAAAGCUCAGUUGAUGCACUCUACCAGAGGCAAGAACAACACAACAGGUUUUCUUUAUUGUUGUAUGUAACAAUUUUAAUUUUCUGUGCAUAUAUUUGUGUAUUGUCUCAAUAUUUUAAGUGGUACAUUAUUUAUUUUUCUAUAGUUUCUUAAAUGAAGGCAUUUUGGUUCUAAA